AUGGCUCCGCGGUGCCCGACCGUAUCUUCCACUUUCCUCCCAUUUCUAUACCCAUCAGUCUUCCUAUCAAGGCACACAUUGUCUGGCGCAUCAGCUCUACGACGUCGAUACCACUCCACCAUAAACGAUCUUCCAGAAUCACGACUGAACCCCGCUCCUGACGACUAUGCCUCCCCAAGCUUCUCCGACAAAGCUUUCCUGACCUUGUAUGCUGGCCGCGGUGGAAAUGGGUGUAUCUCCUUCUUGCGUGAAGCUUAUUUAGCUGAGGGCCCCCCCAAUGGCGGCGACGGUGGCCAUGGCGGCAACGUCUAUAUUCAAGCAGCGCAUGGAGAGACAUCGUUACACAAGUUAGCUCGCAAACGGUUUGUGCGAGCUGGCCGCGGAAAGCAUGGUCAGGGAAGCGCAAAAAGUGGAACACGAGGAGACGAUAUCAUCAUAACUGUACCCGUGGGGACAGUCAUCCGUGAACUGGAACGCGAGGAUCCAGCUGCUGACGAGGAGAUGGACUUGCGGUUAUGGAACGCUCAGCAGAAGCAAAAAAGACGUGAGGAGCAUCAAGCCGCUAUAGAAAGGAAGCGGAGGCAGGAAAAUGACGAAGAGAUCUACGAGGAGGAAGAGCAGGAGCUUGAAGAGGAGGAGGAAGAUGAAGAGAACCAGGACCCUGAGCGUCGCAAGUGGCUUCUGUACCCCGGAUUGUCCAAGACUGAUGUCAAAAAUACUGUGUUCCCGAAAUUGCCAAAGCGUACUCGACUACUCAAGCAACCACCUCCCACUAUCAAUCUAGAUCUAUCUCGACCUACCCCCACGCCGAUCCUCCUUGCGACAGGUGGCAUUGGUGGCUUGGGCAACCCUCACUUCACCUCACGAGCGCAUCCCCGCCCAAUGUUUGCAACCAAAGGUGAAGAGGCCGUUACCAUGAAAAUUGAGCUCGAACUUAAGCUGCUUGCUGAUGUUGGUCUCGUUGGUCUUCCCAAUGCCGGAAAGAGUACUCUGCUUCGUGCCAUCACAAACAGCCGCACUCGAGUAGGCAACUGGGCUUUUACAACGCUUCAGCCUAACAUUGGUACGGUUGUUCUCGACAAGUACUCUGGCCGGCCUACAAUCAAGAGCUAUCGACGCUAUCCUGCUCAGCUGGGUCUGCCAGAGGAGGUUGAAACUGAGCCGCGCACUCGCUUCACCAUCGCUGAUAUUCCCGGUCUGAUUGAGGGAGCGCAUCUUGACCGUGGUCUUGGUAUUGCUUUCCUGCGACACGUCGAGCGUGCUGGUGUCCUCGCUUUUGUCAUUGACUUAUCCGCUGGUGAUGCUGUGAAGGCGCUCGACUCACUCUGGCGCGAGGUCGGACUAUAUGCUCAGAUGCGUGACGAGGAAGAGGCCGAUCGAGCAAUCGAUUCCAACAUUGAUUGGGAUAUCACAUCAGAUCUGAGUGGCCCUAUGAAUUAUUCUCCUGAGCCUGAAGUUGACCAAAAAUCAAAGCCAAACCAGGGGUUGCAGAUUGCUGGAAAACCCUGGUUCGUUGUCGCCACAAAGGCCGACUUGCCAGAGACGCAGGAGAAUUUCAAAGAGCUCAAGAAAUACCUUGACGACAUCACAAAGGGCGAGAAGCCACACCCGAGUGGUGUCGAGGAUGCUUGGACCAAGGACUGUGCCGUCAUCCCCGUGAGCGCGAUCAAUGGCCAGGGCGUUGAUAGGAUUGUACACUGGACUGUAGGAUUACUAGACGAGUAG